CGUUUCCUUCUACUUUUUUCUCUUUCCCAUUAUAAUUAUUUUCCAUUCCUUUAGACUUUUUAAUAUACAUAAUGCUGGCCCAACAUGCUCGUCACCCCAUUGCGCGUCACCCCCACGUGUUGAUUAAUACAUUCAUUGAUCGUGGUUCCAUUGAGUUGGUGUCCCUCUUAGGGGUCGGUGCUUAUGGCGUUGUGUAUCUGGGAUAUCACAGUCGCUCCAAGCAAUACUACGCUGUCAAAUUGAUCAUUAACGCCAAAGCCAUUGACAACGAAAUCCGCAUGCAUUCUCGUGUCACCGGUCAUCGGAAUAUCUUGACCUUGGAAAAAGUCGUGGUAGAAGGUGGCAAUACGUACAUGAUCCUCGAGUACGCGACCGGUGGCGAUCUGUUUUCCGCGAUUACUCGUAAAUCCAGCAACAUUAUCGGCAACACGGAAGCCAUUCGCCACAUUUUUCUGCAAAUUUUGGACGCCGUUCAACACUGCCAUCAGCGAGGUGUUGCGCAUCGCGAUUUGAAGCCAGAAAAUAUCCUGUUGUUUCCUGAUCUCCACGUUAAACUGGCCGAUUUUGGUCUGGCCACCAGCCAACCGGUAUCGGCGGAAUUUGGCUGCGGGUCCACUUUUUAUUUCUCACCAGAAUGUCAAGGUGGAUUGAUUCGAGAUCAUCAGCGUAUCAAGGGCUACGGUACUCAACAGAACGAUAUCUGGAGUCUCGGUAUUAUUUUGAUCAAUCUGACGGCGGGCAGAAACCCAUGGAAACAAGCAACGAUGCAAGAUCCUACGUUUGCUGAAUAUGCUCGUCAGCCUCGUCGAUUUUUCCGUACCAUCCUGCCUCACUUGUCCAAAGAUCUGGAUUACAUUUUGUCUCGCGUUUUUUGUCUUGAUCCUGCGCGACGUAUCUCGCUUCCUGAACUUCGUCUUCGUAUUCUCGAAUGCUCUUCAUUCUUGCGUCACGAGCAACGAACAUUGACCGUAACGAAUUCUUUGAUCACCAAAGCGACUUUACCGUCCAUGAUCACCACCACUCGUAUGCAAUACAAUGAGUCAUUGGCUCAGACCAUGGCCGCCUACGUUGGUGGCUUUAUCGAUGACAACGAUUCUUUCAUGCACUGUUCGCCCAUGCCCAAGAAGCACGUUGCGUGUCUUGCUCCUAUGCCAAUGGCACCAUCCUCGCCUCCUUCAUGUUCCGAGACCUCAUACUCUUCCACCUCGUCUAUUGCUUCUAUGGAAUGUCCUCCCACACCGCCCAUGGCAUCCUCUUCCCCCUUUGACUCCAAGAAAAUUCGCCAACUUACCGGCGUGGAUGCACCGCCACAUCCUUCAUUGACCGAUAUGAUUUACUGAACCUCUCAAUUAUUGCCAUAAUCUCACCUUCUAAUCAUGUUUUUUUCUCAGUAUCCUUCUUUUUUCUUUAACUUUUUACAUAUCAUGCAGGUACUGGGCAUGCGAGAUUUUCUGUCAGGAACGCUCCCUUACCUCUCUCUCUCCCCACGUUUCUCAACCUCCCUUUUUACUGAUUUAAGAAUUCUUAUUUCUUUUUUCUUUCUUUGUUUUCUUAUUGCUUUUUAUAUUUAUACCUAGACUUCUUUUUAUAUUACAUUUUUAAACAGUUUAUUUCUUUGACUGCAUGUGUCUCUUAGGUUCAACCUAUUUUACAUUUAUUUAUAUUUUUCAUGGUCCCCUCUCUCCCCAUUCAAAUUAUAUACAUCCAUACAGAUCCUCACAGAAUAAAAUGAAUACACGUGGCUUGAUGC